GCACCUCGACCUAAAGCACAUCGAGGUCGCCGCCAUCAACGAGUGCGACGGCAAGUUCGCCAUCGACGGCCCCAUCGCGCCGUCUGUGGACGGCGUCAGCGCCGCGCUCCUCGAGGAGCCGCAUGCGGAUCUCUCGACUUCCUCGCUCUUCCCCUCUCUCUCUUUCUCUCUCCACCUCUCUCCCUCUCCCUCCCUCCCCCCCACACGCACACACGCACACGCGCACACGCGCACACACGCACACACGCACACGCGCGCACACACACAGCUGCUGCCGCUCCUCCCGGGUGAGUAGGAGCCUCUGCGGAUGGCGUUCGAGUCGGUCGUGCAGCAGCUGGGGCCGAUCCUCUGCUUCGGCAGCCGCCACCUCGCGCUGCACAACGUGGAGGAGGGCACGACCACCCGGAUCGGCGGCCUCGUCUCGGCCCUCAACGCUGCGCUGAGGCAGCACCCGGUCCUGCUCGGGACGCUACUCAUGCCGCUCGGCGGGGACCCGGUCCGGUCCGUGCUGGCCGAGACGGCGGGCGGCGGGAAAGGGUACGCAGAGAUCGACCGGGAGGCGGUCGCAUUGGCGAGGGAGGAGAGCACGCGGCUGCGAGCGGCGGGGCGUGGCGAGCGCCAGCCUCCUCACGGCCGCGCCUCGGCUUGCGGAAUAGGACAUCGCCAAGCUGCGCAGCGUUGGCGUCGUGAAGAGGCUGGGCGAGGGGCGGUUCGCGAACAUCGUCGACGCGGACGGGGACGGCGUGUACCAGCUCCAGGCCCCAAAUGACGUGUGAGUGUUAGAUUUGUUUGGUAUUGCUAAAAAUCUCUCCCACCUC